UAAAACUUCGGCGGGGCCAUAUUGGGGGCAGUAAGACCGAGUGCGGCCGAGUGCUCAACACCUCUGCCCGGCACCAUGAGCGAGGCGCCGGAGACCAGCGCCGCCAGCCCCGCGCCCGCCGCGCCGCCCGCGCCCGCCGUCCCGGACGCCGCUCCCAAGAGCCCCGCCAGCGCCGCCGCGCCGGGUGCGGCUGUUGCGGAGGCGGCCCCCGGCGCCGCCGCAGCCACAACCGCGGCGGCCGAGUCGGCGAAGAAAGUGCUGGCCACCAAAGUUCUUGGCACAGUCAAGUGGUUCAAUGUCAGAAAUGGAUAUGGCUUUAUCAACAGAAACGAUACCAAAGAAGAUGUGUUUGUUCAUCAGGUCUGUUCUGUCUGCCCUCCCUGGUAUUGGAGAGAAAGUGAUCUAGUCUGGCUCUUGACCAGCCUGGGUUGCCAUCAGCUGUUUCUGCACAAGGCAGCUGCUCUUAGGCCGAAGAGGAAGAAGGCUGUGUGCCAAGUAUGCCCAAGCAGAGAGAACUUGCCCAGCAGCUCGUUAUUGACGGCGAUAAAGAAAAACAAUCCACGGAAGUACCUGCGCAGCGUUGGCGAUGGAGAGACUGUAGAAUUUGAUGUGGUUGAGGGAGAGAAGGGUGCAGAAGCAGCUAAUGUCACUGGUCCAGAUGGAGUCCCUGUGGAAGGCAGCCGCUACGCUGCAGACCGGCGCCGGUAUCGACGGGGCUACUUUGGCCGACGCAGGGGCCCACCUCGGAGUCAGGGUGGUGAGGGAGAAAUCAAGGAUGGGGUUACAGAAGGAGGACAACUUCAGCAAGUGCACAGGAAUCCUACCUACCGUCCCCGCUAUCGCAGAGGGCCCCCUCGCCCACGCCCUGCCCCGGCAACUGGAGAGGCUGAAAACAAGGAGAACCAUCAUGAGGCCAAUGCCAUGAGCCAGCAGCCGCUGCGCCGCGGCUACCGGCGCCCCUACAACUACCGGCGCCGGCCGCGCCCAGCCAGCGCUCCGGCACAGGAGGGCAAAGAGGUACGGAUGGCAAGCUGCUCAGAGACAAAGACAACUGAAACACCUGCUGAAAAUCCUGCUCCAGUGACAGAGCAGAGUGGCGCUGAGUAAUGUCCGGCUCCCCAGGCACCUUUACCAUCCCUCAGGUGUCCUAAGUACAACUCAAAAGUAACACCAAAGAAACACACAAGCAAUAAAUUGUCAACAGUGAUGACGAAAGCGAAGAUUUGAAAUACCAAAAUGUAAAAGAAAAUUUACCAACCGCUGAGAUCCAGGGAACGCCUAUGAGAUAGAGCGAGAUUCAGAAAGAACAGCCUCCCUAGUUUUAACAGCAACUCUGGAGCGAUUUGGUUUUUGGGGUUUUUUUUCCCUAGAAUUUCACUGUUUAGCUAGUAUUGAUUUUUUUUAAUUUUUAUUUUGGUAUCAAUCUGAAAAGGGAAAAAAAAAUAACCAAAGAACUAAAAUUGAAAUAAAAUGCUUUUUUUUUAUUUUUUAUUUGGAUGCUGGUGCUAAACCUCCCAAGUGUGAGUUGGGUUUUUUUUCUGUGCCUGUCCUGUUCACUGCAGGACAUGGGGAGGACAAACUUCCGCUUUCUUUGUCAAGAUCUAUUUGAAACUGUGCAGCAUGGGUGACGUUCCUCACAAAUAAAAGUGAUUUCAACUACCAAAAA